AGGAGCUGACUGGCACACGGUCAAAGUGCAAGUUCAGCAAGCAUCAUCCACUGACACUGGCGAGCGAGCACCGACGACGCACCAGCAUCUUAAUUCAAGUCCAAGUGGUUUGCUGCUUUGUUUCUGACUGAGCUGGGCCCACCACAUCCAUCCCCACCAUGUCGCCGUCAUUCGCUCCCAGGCUCUUGAUGACCCUCACACUGUGUCAGACCUGCACUGAGCUGUUCGGGUGUCCGACCGGAUGGCCGGAAUACAACAAACACUGUUACUUCUUCGGAAAUGACCGUAAGUCGUGGUGGGACGCUAGGCUCGAGUGUGCGUCUAAGGGAGCCCACCUGGCAAGCAUUUUGGACCAAAGGGAGCAGGAUUGGCUGCAAUCUCUAAAAAAAGGUGCCAGAGCCUGGAUUGGCCUGCGACGUGAGACCACUGGCAGACCGUGGCAGUGGGCAGACGCAACACCUUUCUACUACUCGGCAUGGAAUGGCGGUGAGCCAAACAACCUGGGUGGAAAAGAAAACUGCGUUGAAAUGUGGCCCUUGGGUCAUUGGAAUGACUUCCCAUGUGCUCUUAAUCUUAAGUCCUACAUCUGCAAGCGUGAGUACAGAUCUUGUUUUGUAACUGUAGCGUGUCACUACACUCCAAAAAAUUAGGACUUGGUGAUAUUUACUUUCACAUUUUGCCUACAACUUCGCGCUGGAAAUAGUCCAAGUGGCGUGGCGUGCGUGCGUGCGUGAC